AUGCGUGGUAGUGAUAGAAACAGACGUACCGAAUGGCAUUAUGACGAAGCACAUUGUAGUCGUGGCAACCGAAAUCGCUCGCAUGUACAAUACGCGUCAGCUCGAACUCAGCAUGAUCCUCACUUGGGUCAUCACCGUAUCCAGGAUAGUCGCUAUUGGUAUCAAAAACCAGAUUCCCGCAACAAUCUCUCACUUCGUCGAUUCAACCAAUAUUCCACAUUCAAUCGACCCAAUCACCAUUUUCUUGCAAAAUCCAAACACCUUAAAGAGUACCUUCUGACAUCUUUGAAGUCGCAUAUAGAUAGGAUAGAGGAAUGGUUGCCAGAAAACGAGUGUAAGGGUGGGGACAAUCACGUCGACUUGCAUAACGUUGAAUGUCUCGAAGAAAUGGACUGGCAAUUAGAACGAGAGCUGGUCAUUGAAGGAUAUGAAUGGAGCUCGGAGGUCUUAUCACUUAGUCGGAAUGCGGCAGAGUUGAAAGAUGUCACUCCCGACAAUGGCCAUGGACAGUCAUCUAAUGGUAGAACCGAUACUGAAAGCGUGGUUCCGAAUAGAUGUUUGGACAUCGAACGGGAGGAUCAGAGCAAUGGCCUUGGUCCUAAAUGA